GAAAAAACACAUAAGAUACAAUAUUGUGGAUACAAAAUGAGACAGGAAUACAUAAAAGAGUUCAUUAGGGAAAGAAUGGCUUUCUUCCCACCAGAGAAAAUCCAAUUUGACUGGAAAAUAUUUAUUGAAAACCAUAAAUUGUAUGAGUGUGAAAAGGAAGUAGCAAAACUAUUUUCUCUCGGUGGAAAGAAAUGUGGUUGUACGCGAGAAUGUAAAAGCACAGUGUAUUACUAUCUAAAGCACUCGAUUCCAUGGCCAAAUGAAAGAUAUUAUAAAAGUCUCAAACAAAGAAAUUUCAUUUCUUUCAUGAGAAAUCAUCCAAAGGUAUGUAAGUUUCUAAACAAGACGUAUUGGUCAAUGAUUGGAGUAGAUACACUAAGUGUUUGUGAGUGGACAGUUAAC